UUCGAGUUGGUUCGAUUCGGCUAUAUACUUGUGAUUGGUGGUCCCCUUACCUCUUAUCGUAAAUCUUCUCUUCAUCGCAGACGAUUAGUUUGACAGCUGUUUGAUCCAUUAUAAAUGUCAGAUUAGCAGAAUAUGAUAUAAUUUUUUCCAUUUUCUAUUGGGUGAUAACAAUUCUUCCCAGAAUCAAUAGUGAACUGUUCAAAAUAAAGAGAUUCUCUUUCUUUUUAUGUUACAUACCAACGACAAGAUUAUAUUUUUUUGAACAUGGAAGUGGAUGUUGCAUUAAUGUGCGUUGUAAGGACUUUCCUUGAACCAGCUUCUUACAUUUAUGAAGAUGAAAAUGCGAGCACUCUACAAUUAAUUAUGGAAGAAGAUUUACUAGGAAUUACGGAUACUGUUUCUAUAACAAGAGAUUGUCGACGGAUUCCUGAAGCUGAAGAUUAUGUGGAACACAUAAUUCCAUCACUUAGCAGUACACAAUUCAAAUCUCAUUUUCAGAUGCUACCAUCGACAUUUGAAUUUAUUCUGGAUGAAAUUGGAGAAAAACUAACUCGCAGUACUGAUGGAAAUGAAAUGGUGCCUGCGGAUAAGCAGCUUCUAUUGAGUCUGUGGCGUUUUGCAACUACAGAUUCAUAUAGUGCUAUAAAUCAACGAUUUAAUGUGGGCAAAGGCACAGCUGUAAGAUCUGUGCGUCGUGUUGCCAGAGCAUUACAUGAGCUUUCAUACAAAUAUAUUGUAUGGCCGACAGAAGAUAAAAUACAGGAUAUUGUAUAUGGCUUUUUUAGUGCAAGUGGUUUUCCUGAUACCAUUGGCGCCAUAGGUGGUACCCACAUCAAUAUUCCUUCAUCCAAAAACAAUUCAGAGACCUGUGUGAAUCAGAAGAACCAUUAUUCAAUUCAGCUUCAAGCUGUUUGCGAUCACACAAAGUUGUUCACACAUGUUUAUGUGGGAAAUGUACAUUCGGAUCAUGAUACUUGUACUUCCCGCUUAUCCGAUCUUCAAGAAUAUAUUAGUGAUUCAAACAAAUUUCCAAAUAACACACAUUUAAUUGGAAAUGCUAUUUAUGGACUGCAACAGCAUCUUAUGGUUCCAUAUCCUGAUAACGAAAACCUUACAAAACAACAAAGGAAUUAUAACUUAUGCCACUCUUCUGGUAAAAUGAUGAUCAAACGAGCGUUUGCCCUUCUAAAAGGACGCUGGAAAAGUCUAUUACACGUUCUGGCAAUAAGUCGUAUGGAUUUUACAUAUGAUCAUAUAUUGGCGUGUUGUGUACUACACAAUAUUUGUUUGCUAAAAAAGGAUGAAUUCCAAUUACACGGGCAAAUGACUGUUCUAGAUAUAGAAGAAACAGAACUGCAAGAAGAAAAAAUUGAAUACAAUGAUAAAAAUAUUGCAGAAGCCAAACGAAAUAAUAUAUGUGCCAAAUUACAUAUGAAAAAUGUAUGAAUGAUAAAUAGUCAAAAUAAUGUUUUUGCGUGCGUGUGUAUGUAUAUAUACACUAUAUAAAUAUAUGUAGCAUGUUCAUAUUAACAAUUAGAAAUUAUACAUAAUUAUAUAUA